CUGAGAAUAUUCUAUCAUGGUUCGAUCCACACUCGAUCCACAUUAGGAAAAGUGAGUGAGGAGGAGAUGGAUGAAGUUGUUUGGACUUUGGAUUUUAGCCACCAUUUAAGACCAUAAGCAUGCGUGAUCGAUAAGCCAUUUUUCUUCACCUUCACUCCCGAGAAAGUCUUCCUUCUCUUUUUUCCACCAAAAAACCUAAACCCUAGAUCUCUUUUAUUAUUUAUUUUUGGGUUUUUUUUUUUAUAUUUCUUGUGACACUCCCCAUCUUCACGUCACACUUUUUUGUUGCACUGUAUCUUCACACGCACAACACACAACAAAAACUAGAGACCCAUUUUCCAGAUCUGACUAAAUUAGACCAAUCCCAUUUCCGUAUUUUGGUUUGGCUUUGCUUUGGCUCUUUAACUACCCAUUUCCUUUCUCAUUGCAAAUCUUUUAUUAGAUCUCCUUAAACCCAGAAAAGCAACAAAAAAAACCCAGUUGUUAAUUUUUUCACGGAAUUACGUCUUGUUUUAUAAGUUGAAUCAGUUUGAGUUAAAAGAAUUUUGUUUGUGAUUUAACGUGAUCCGGUUGGAUUUUGUGGGAUAUAAAAUAAUUAGAUCUGGAUUUGGGGUAUUUUAAUUUAUAUAUGUUGUUUUAGUAGUUUGGGUAUCUUUCUUUGGAUUGGUUCGAAAGUUUUUCUCAAUGGCAAUGCCAUCGGGAAAUGUAGUUUUAUCUGAUAAAAUGCAGUUCCCUGCUACUGCAGCUGCAGGAGCCGGCGGCGGUGGUGCUGUUGGGGCCGUUGGUGGCGGUGGAGGUGGAGGAGGAGAGAUCCAUCAGCACCACCACCGGCAAUGGCUCCCCGAUGAGCGUGAUGGCUUUAUCUAUUGGUUGCGUGGGGAAUUCGCUGCAUCCAAUGCUAUUAUUGACUCUCUUUGUCAUCAUUUGCGUGAGGUUGGGGAAGUUGGGGAGUAUGAAGCCGUCAUAGCUUGCAUUCAACAAAGGAGAUGUAAUUGGAACCCCGUGCUUCAUAUGCAGCAGUACUUUUCGGUUGCUGAGGUUUCCUACGCGCUUCAACAAGUUGCGUGGAGACGGAGACAAAGGCAUUAUGAUUCGGGAAAAGUUGGGGGAAUUAAAAGAUCUGGAAUGGGGUUUAAGGGGCAGAGGAUGGAGGUGGCUAAAGAAGUGCAGAAUUCUGGGGUAGAUAGUGAUGGGAAUUCGACUGUUACUGCAGUUUCGGAGAGAAAUGAGAGAGGGAGUGAGAAACGUGAGGAAGUUAAGUCGUGUGGUGAGGUAGGGAAGGUGGAGGAUAAGUGCUCAACGUUCACAGAGGAUAAAAAAGAUACUGGUUCUAAACCUCAUGCUGGCGAUGCAGAAUCUGUAACCGAGGAUGUAAAUGGUGGGUGCACAUCAAGCUAUAAAGAGAAUGAUUUAUGUUCCAUCCAAAACCAGAAUGAAAAGCAGAAUCUGGCUGCGGGUCCAAAAACUUUUGUUGGUAAUGAGAUGUUUGACGGAAAGAUGGUCAAUGUGGUGGAUGGGCUAAAAUUGUAUGAGGAACUGUUUGAUGACAAGGAAGUUUUAGAUCUUGUAUCAUUGGUAAAUGAUUUAAGGGCUGCAGGGAAAAGAGGACAACUUCAAGAAGCAGGUCAGACAUAUGUGGCUGCAAAAAGACCUAUGAAGGGACAUGGUAGAGAGAUGAUUCAAUUGGGCCUUCCAAUUGCAGAUGCACCGCUAGAUGAUGAAAAUGCUGCAGGGACUUCCAAAGAUCGGAGAAUAGAAGGCAUUCCUCCCUUGCUGCAAGAUACUAUUGAACGUUUGGUCAACUUGCAAGUUAUGACUGUGAAGCCAGACUCUUGCAUCAUUGAUGUCUAUAAUGAGGGGGAUCAUUCACAGCCUCGCAUGUGGCCACCAUGGUUUGGAAAGCCUGUUUGCAUCAUGUUUUUGACUGAGUGUGACAUUACAUUUGGAAGGGUGGUAAUUGUAGCUGAUCAUCCUGGGGACUAUAGAGGCUCUUUAAAGCUUUCUCUGGCACCUGGAUCUCUCCUUGUGAUGCAAGGAAAAUCAGCUGAUUUUGCCAAACAUGCACUUCCCUCUGUCCGAAAGCAACGCAUACUUGUUACAUUUACCAAGUAUUGUCAACCAAAGAAGUCUACGACUGACAACCAGAGGCUUUCUUCACCAUCAGUCUCUCAGUCUUCCCAAUGGGGUCCACCACCUAGUAGAUCACCAAAUCGUAUUCGGCAUUCUGCUGGUCCCAAGCAUUAUGCAGUAAUACCAACAACUGGUGUAUUGCCGGCCCCACCAAUUCGGCCACAAAUUCCACCUUCAAGUGGUGUUCAACCUUUAUUUGUGCCUACUGCAGUCGCUCCUGCAAUUUCUUUUCCUGCUCCAGUUCCGAUCCCACCUGGUUCGACUGGGUGGCCAGCUGCCCCAAGGCAUCCUCCACCUCGUCUCCCUGUUCCGGGCACUGGAGUUUUCCUACCUCCGCCAGGCUCUGGUAAUUCAUCAUCUCAACAGUUGUCAACUACUGCAACUGAACUUAACAUUCUUGUGGAGACCACUUCCCCACGGGAAAAAGAGAAUGGUUCUGUGAAACCCAAUCAUCAUACAACUUCUCCUAGGGGUAGGUUGGAUGGAAAAUCUCCAAAGCAGGACUGCAAUGGAAGUGUAGAUGGAGCUGGCAGUGGGAGAGCUUUGAUGAAGGAAGAACAGCAUUGUGCUGACAAUAGUGUCAAGCAAACCUGCUAGUGCACUUUAGAGAGAGAGAGAGAGAGAGAGAGAGAGAGAGAGAGAGAGAGAGGGAAAGGAGGUAGGCUGUGAACUGCAAUGAGUUUAAGGCAAAUGUAAAGAGCGGCGACACGUGAGACUUUUGACAUUUAAUACCAGUAGGGGGAGAACAAAGGGAGGGAAGAAUGUCUCAGUUCUCUCUGCAAUCUAUUCUGUUCCCUUUUCCAUUUUUUGUUGUUUUAUUAUCGCUCACACUAGGUGGAAAACUCCAUUCUUAAUUUAACUGUGGUUCUUUUUAAUAUGUGGUUCAAAAGUUUUCUUAA